UUUGAUAGGAACUGUCCGAGUUUUGGUCCCGUCCGAGUUAUUCCCUCCGACCCCUAUACAACUACCGAGUAUUGUUAUAUUUUUACAAUGUAUUUUACUUUGAAAAAUUGAAGAGAGUAUCCUUAAUAAAAUAUAGUUAUUAUUAGAAUUCUGUGAUGCAUUAUGGGGGAAAAAGGAUUUCCCUUCGCUUCCGAUUCCCAUUUAAAACACCGAAGAUGUGGCUGGUUAUGAUUUUGGCGUUGGCUAUGCCCGUUAGCAUUGCGUGUUGGCUCGUCACAUUGGUCUACACAACAGUUAAUGGCGGUGCACACUGCAUCACUCCUUGGCGUUGGUUGGUGGCCACAGUUGCUCCAAUAAUGAUAGCCAGAUAUGGUCUGAAGAAGGGCAGUCUGGACAAGUCUGGGGCAAUCGCAGGGUUGAUAGUUGGUUUCGUCCUUACCAUAAGCAGCCUCUGCUUCUUCGCCUGUUUGUUGACCUUUUUUAUACUUGGAUCAAGAGCAACAAAGUACAAGUCUUCAGCCAAGAAAAAGUUUGAGGACAACUUCAAGGAAGGGGGCCAGAGAAACUGGAUACAGGUGCUAUGUAACGGGGGAAUCGCAGCCCAGUUUGCAGUGUUGUAUAUGUUGGACAGCGGUUGUACAGAGAAAGUGGUGGACUUCCAAGCCUGGUAUACACCCUCCUUCUUCUCCAUGGCUGUCCUCGGCGCCCUCGCCUGUAGUUGUGGCGACACCUUUGCCUCGGAGAUUGGCACAGUCUUUAGUAUCAACACAGUACCCAGGCUAAUAACUUCAUUCCGUAUUGUCCCUAAAGGUACAAACGGAGGAAUCACAUUCAUCGGGACAUUGAGUAGUGCAAUGGGCGGGGCAAUAGUAGGCGUGGCUUAUUACUUGACCCUGUUAAUGUGUACGAGUGACUUCCAGCUACAGAAGAGCCCAGCCCAGUGGCUGAUUGUCCUCACCGGGGCACUGGCUGGUCUUCUUGGCUCGACCAUUGACUCCUAUCUGGGGGCCUUGUUCCAAUACUCAGGAUUUCACCGAAAAAAGAACUGCAUUGUGGAACACCCUGGACCGGAUGUUGAGUUUAUCAGUGGGUCGGAUGUGUUGGACAAUCACAGUGUAAACUUACUGUCAUCACUCUUAACGGGACUGCUCACGCCAAAGAUCGCCUUCUACCUGUGGCAGAGUGUGAUGUAAAGGUGAUUGGCAGAGCUGCAACAAGGAUCUAAAAGAUUUGAUAUUUCAUAAAAUAAGGAUCAUUUUAAUUCGUCUUGCAUUUGAAAAGAAGUACUCAUGAAAAUCAAAAUGAUGCAACUUGUGGAGGCAAGAUAUUGUAAACGGGAAGAAGAAAAACAAAUGUUUAUUCCAGUUUUACUCUCGACAUUUUUUUUAAUUUUAAACAGAAAUGAUGUUUUUGCAUUAAGGUUGAAUUCAUGAUUGAUGUUCAUUGCGAUUUUAUGCAAAACGUCUAUUUUGAUGCCCUCUGGUAAUCAUGAUAUUGCCUAGUCCUGUUUCUUAUGAUAUUAAUUAUCUCUGUUCUAAAUGAAGCAUUUUACAUAUACAUACGUUAUUAAAGUAAGUAUUCUUUAUUUGACAACAACUAUAUUAGCUCACCUAGUGGGAAGUUAAGUGAGAUAAUUUUUGUGUCGUGGUAUGGCUUCUGCAGUGAUGUCGUGGUGUAGUGCCUGACGACUGUCGUCAAUUUUUCUUUGAAAUGACUGCUCCUUUAGUAUGGCUGAAUGAAUAUUGAUGUCACAUCAAUAUCUUAUACGAAAAGGAUUCAGUUUAUUUGUAUAAACGAAGGUAAUAGUUCCUUAAAAGAUAAAGGGACAAAAUUGAAACAAUGAUCUUCAGAGAUAGGCAAACCCUGAGGUGAGGGAUUUAUGCCAAUAUGCAUCUUGCAAAAUUACAGCUUUUUGUUUUAUCUGUUUUUGUAAAUGUAUUGUGCCAGUUUUAUUCUGUUUAAAUUUAAUACAGUUAUGUGUGAAGACAUUUAAGAAAUGCCAUUUUCAAAAUUACAAAGCGUUAUGCAAUAUUAAUUUAUAUGUUCCAUGCAUUUAUAUGUAUAUUUUUUCACUAAUACAUACUUUUAUGUAUAUGUUAAUAUGUGGACCAUAUAUACGAAUAUAUUGGUGCAAUAUUCACUGUGACUUGCAUUUCAUAUUCCAGUUACAGGCGUUAGAGAAUCCAAUAUAUAGUAGAGACUUGUUCAUCCAGCCAUAACUAAUUCGCUCGUCCUAUUAUCCAUACACUACUAAUUUGGUUUUCCUACUAUUUACAUUUUGUUUUAGGGGACCUAUACGUCUUAAUAUUCAUAUUCUUUUAUAUCUAGCCGUCUCAUAUUUUAAACAAAUUUGCUUGGAACGAAUGUGACUGGAUUCGCCAGGUUUCGCCAGGUUCAACUUUAAUUUUAUAUAAGAAGUGAUUUAUUAAGAUUUUAUCAUGCUUUAAAAUGAUUUAAUAUAUAAUAUGUUGAGACUACGUGAUUAACGGUUGAGUGUCCAUUAUCGUUUCGUUUGACUGUUAAUCAAUAUGGUUUUUCAUUGGAAUUAUUUGGUAUUAGUUCUAAUUUUGUGUAGUUUCAAAUGGAAACAUACAUUUUUUGCAGAAGUCCUUUUACGAAUACCCCAUUUCGAAAAGUAAAUCAAGAGUGAAAUUAAGCCAACCAUUAAAUGUAACAAACCCAUUUUCAUCAACUACGAAUAACUUGUUAAAUUACAAUUUAAUUUUAUAAUGCGGUUCUCAGUGUAAAGCUUUUUAAAGGCACAUAAAGAAUCCUUAGAAUUUAGAUUAAUACAUCAAAUAUAUAUAAGUGUACAUUACAGUGCAAAGUUUUCUUUAACAAAAACAUAUUAGUUUAAGAAAACACAUUCUUAUCAAACAUUUUAUCACAAAAACAAGCUGAGUAUUUCGAUACAAUCAAAGAUAUGAAAACAUGUUCUUUAUCUUUGGAAGUAGAUUUUCACAAAUGGUCAUUGUCCACACUACAGAACUUCUAAAUGGAAUUAAGUAAAGGUCAUGCUUUCUUUUCAGAAACGUUUAUACGUUGCACAUACCUUUCAGUAUGAUAAACAUCGCCAGGAAUUCGAAUUACUGAUGUACUUUUUACGGUUAACCUCUCCAUUAUCGGGCCAUAUGUAUACAUCUAGGAAAUGAUCCGAAUGCAUGUACAUAUGUACAACAGAGCGAUACAAACCUGUUAAGUGCUUUGUACCUGUUACCUGCGGAUCAGCUGCGUUAUUAUUCUACAUUCAUCAGGGAAGAAGAAAUUGUGAGGACUUUGUUCUGCUGUUGUAUUACCUAGGUCAUUUUUCUCACCCCAACACAUAUACGAUAUUUCCUGAUAAAACGAUAAUUUUUUUACCCGAUUUCUUGUAACUUUAAUCCAGUUAAUUAGCCUUCGAUUUCAAUAGCACUCCUUACAGCCGAGUGAGGGUACAUACCUGUGAGGGCUUACGGGUGUCGGCGAGAUAAGAUCAGUGCCGCUACUUGUGAAGGGAUUUAGCCAGCUGUAUCGGAGGUACAGACGCUCACUGUGUUUACGGUAAUUCAGGACAGAUCACAUGUGAUGGGGCAGCACAAAAAGACUUUCAUUUUUACUUGAUUACUUAUCGGAUUCCAUACUACAGGUGAAUAGAACUCAGUCUUAGUGUUUGAAGUUGAUGUAUAUCACGUUUAUUCAGCCUUGAUCAGAUUCCCUUCUGCAACAGAUCAAAUGCUGUGCUACAUCAUAUAUACUUAUAUCAUUUCUUUUUAUGCAUAGCCAUUUCAUAAAUUAAUCAGAUUCUUCUUAAGACAAAUUAAGAAUUAUGUCAGUAUCGAGGUUAUUCAAACAAAGAAGUUUUCUGGAAUUAUGAAAACCUUAUAUUCUCAAAUACGUAAAUAAAGCCAAAAUCUCGAAAAUACAUUUCAAUUCUUGAUAUCAAAAAUGGUAUUAGAAUUAACUAGAUAACUUUAAAGUAAAAAGGCAGAUAACAUGUCAAAAUAACUGUACUAUCCAGAGAGUCAAUUGACCGAAAAAUAAGCAGAAUGAAAAAGAAAUUAGAUUGUAUAACAUCAACCUCACAAAGGCAAAAGUAUUCGGUCACUAUUUUUUUUAUUAUAUUAUAUUCUAUGUAUAUUCCGAAUAAUUUAUAUAAAAUAUACAGUUAUAUAAAAUAAUUGUAAGAUGUUCCGUGUCUAAGUAAGUAAGUACUUGUGAAUUAGAUGGUAGGUUUUGUAUUUUAACGUCAAAGUGAUGUCGCUGAAAAAGAAUAGUCGCUGAAAAAGAAUACUCACAAGAACAAUCAUUUUUUUCCCGUGGACUAAGGUUCAUGGAAUUUAUGCAAAUAUUGUUAAAAUACAUGUUAAAUAUGUAGACUGAUUGACACAUUGGAUCAGAAAUAGUUCUUGUAAAAAUUAGAAUUACCCAGAAAAUACAUGUAGUGAAGGACAAAUGAGUGCCUUAAUACGUAUGUAUUUGAAGACCGAUUUGUCAAAAUGAGCUCUGUGGUGUAUGUUAUGAAAUGAUGAAAGGAAUUAAAUGGUUUUUGUAAUGUUUACCAGAUUUUCAUGAUACUCAAACAUUAAUACUUAUUUCUAAGGUUAUUUUGUUGAGAUUGUCAAUUACUUUACUGUUAAAAAGGUAAUGGUUGAUAUACCGUAACUUAUUGUUUGUCACUUUUUGUACGGUAGAAGAGAUCGUUGAAAAGAAAAUGCUGAUCAUAACACAAAUAAGAUUAGGAUAAAUGGUGCUAUAACAUCGAAUAUUUUUUUAUUGAAUACUGUAAUCAUCCUUUUUAGCUCAUGUGGUCCGAAGGACCAUGGUGAGCUUAUGCCAUACCGCAGCGUCCGUCGUCCGUCCGUCCGUCGUCCGUCC